GCAACGAACGAUAUUUGCAGAGGAUACUUGCACUCGUACGUUCUGCGUCACGCGCGUGUGUUUUGUAACUGUGCAAAUUGCUGUCAAACGAGGGCGCUACACAUUUAUACCGGUGUAUAUUUUUCCAUGAUUUUUCCGCUUGAAUGCACAACAGGCAUGAGAGGAGAUUUCUGCAGCGGUGCACUGAUUUGUCGAGAAGUUGACAAUAAUUAAGAUUAUGGUGGUGACUGGUGAGCGAGAGUAAUUUACAGAAAAACCACGGAAAUAGUAAUGCAGUGAAGAAACAUUGAAACACGAAUGUGACCAUUCGGCAAUAUGUGAUUGUGAAAAUGUUUCAACCGGGCGCGGGCAUCAUGACACAAGUGACAUUGAUUUGCAUAAAUAAUGAUGUAUGUAUGUAACCAGGUGGCAAUAUUGUGAGAUCUUCAACAUUAAGCGAUCAAUGACAAGGAUGUCACGUGCGAAAUUUGUACCGAGCAUCAGAUAUUUAUAUACCAGGCCCGCCAUGCUUGGUAGGCGCAUGGUACAUUUUGGCAGGACCUUAAACUGGUACGACUGCAACAAUGAUAAUCAGGCAUCAUUUAAAGUUAAACAUGUUGAAGUUCAACUUGAGAAUAAAAGCUUUCAUCGUCACCCUCAUCUCAAGACUACUCAAUCUUGGAAACCGUGGAGUUUGCUUGGAAGAGGUUUUUACCAGCCUGUCCGCUUGCUUCACACAACUCCGGUUCAAAACUGGUACGGCCACCUGACUGUCUCGCCGGAACAGGUCAACUCUAUUCUUUUCAGGAACGAGCUUACGGUGGAAGUAGACGACAGCAAGGGCACCUCGGUGAAAACUUUCAUGACCAACCAGUUAGGGUCCAACAAUCCGAUGGAGGAUCGCCGGGCUGAAGCAGAGUGCAUCCUGACCAAGGCCAUGCUGUUUGGAGUGUUUGAUGGGCAUCAUGGUCCGGCCUGCGCUCAGGUUGUCAGCGAGCGCCUGCUCAAUUACAUCGCAGCGGAGGUUCUCCCUUACGAUGUGCUCCAGCAGGCUCUCCGCAUGUUCAACAACGGGGAACUGCGAGAGUUGGUCAACUGGUACCAGCAUCCUAAGGAUUACGUCUCCGAUGACAGGCAGUUGCUGUUCCGACACAGUCUUGGACAGUACAUGAGAGACAACGUGGCGAUUGAUUUCCAGGAGGAGGAUAAAAAGGCCGAUAUGCUGAUGACGUCGUUUGACCGACUGGACAAAGACUUGUCCGCAGAGGCGGUGAGCACCUCAAACGGAGAGUUCAACGACGAGGGGCUGCACACUGUUUUCUCUGGAGCCUGUGCUUGUGUCGCGUAUGUGGAUGCAGAUGACUUGUAUGUAGCUAAUGCUGGAGAUUGUCGGGCGGUACUUGGCAGGCAGAGUGAAGGUGAGCCAUGGAGUGCCAUUGCCGUGUCAAACGAUCAUAAUGCGCAAAACGUCGAUGAAGUCAAAAGGAUACGCUCAGCCCACCGUCUGGAUGAAUCUUCCACAGUCAUCAAGAACGGUCGCCUUCUGAGUGAGCUGGCCCCCUUGCGAGCCUUCGGCGACGUGCGCUACAAAUGGAGCCAGUCCCUCCAACACCAGGUCCUGAAUCCCUGGUUCGGGGCCAACGUCAUCCCCAAGAACUACCACACCCCUCCUUACCUGAUCGCCACGCCCGAGGUCAUCCACCACCGCUUGACCCCGGCCGACCGAUUCCUCAUUCUUGCCACUGAUGGAUUGUGGGAUUGCCUGACGCCAGAGAAGGCCGUCAACCUAGUUGGGGACUUCCUCUUGAUGAGGGAUAAGGUCGGCCACUUCCAUCCCCCGUCUGCUGCUAUGAGCCUGGAGCAGAUCCAUCAGAUGUUGUCGAGGCGCAAGGCGGCUCUGUGGCCGCGAGACGACAACGUAGCCACUCACCUAAUCCGAUAUGCUCUAGGAGGGAUUCACAACAGGUUCGACCACCAUAGACUGGCCAACACACUGAGUCUACCGGACAAUGUGGUCAGGCAAUACCGGGAUGACAUCACAGUGACAGUUGUGUUCUUCAAGUGAAAACAGAGUCGCACACAGACUGAAAAGAAAUUUUGAUUCAUUGUUCAUCUACAGCAUGUAUGAAGGUUUUUGGAUUCAGAUCCUUUUAAGAAUUUGCUGGCAUGGCCUGUUGGUGUUGAGAUUAAAAAAUUACUAAAAGCAACAUGCCAUUCUAUGUAGAAGAAUUACUAAUCGAGUUCUAAUUGUCGUUGAAAAUGCCAAAUGAGUUUAAUUAUUUAACACAUUUUGACGAUUGACCCUCCUAUGGAAACAUGCAUUGUCAACCUUGUUACUUGGGUCAAUAUUGGUCUAGACCCCCAUUGGUUUGUACACAGUAGGCCAGGAGGUGAGGAAGAAAAUUUUGACCAUUGGUGACCUCUUAAAUAGUAGGAGGGUUAAUUAAUUAAUUACAAAUAUAGGCUUGGUCACCCUUGCUCUGUAGUUCGGUUAUGUGCACACUGCAUCUGGAAAGUGCUUUAUACAAAUAAGGUACACAUGUAAUUUUCAGAUGUAUGAGCGAGUUUCAUGGGAAGGCAAUGACAUUUUCUUGCUGGAAAAUACAUAUACACGGAAUUAAUAAAUUACGACCUUAAAUUAAAUGCCUUGAUGCCCCCCCCCCCCCCAAGCCACACUUGUAACUGUAGGCAUUUUUCUCAUCUCAAAUUCACCACUGUGCUGCACUGGAAAGUGGAAUGGCAUGGAGACCUUGCCAAGUCACCCGUGACAGUUUUUCUUUUCAUGUUACUUACGAGUCCGUGAUUUUACAUUUGACAGUGGCACGAGUUACAAUUAUCCUAGCACACUUUAAACUUUUACCAGUUGUCCGGAAAAAAAAAUAAGGAAAAAGCUACACGUUUUUUUCUGAAACUUUGAUUAAUAAACGAGGUAUACACAUUUUUGGGUACUUCGGGGGUGUUUUUUUUCUUAAAAGUUUAAUCGAGAUGUGGGACAAGAACAAAUCUUUUCUGGCACCCCCGCGUACAUGUACCAAAACAUUGUACUAGUACUAGCUUGCCUGCCCCUGCUGACGCCAUGGCAUGCAUGGAGAAAUAAAACACGUUGACAAAAACACCAUGAGUUCUGUACACGCCGCUAAACAUCAGCACUGGUAAGCCUACAUACAUGUACAUGUACAACUGCUGCUGUCAUAGACAAAAGGGGUGGUGGUUUUUGGGGGGGGGGAAAGGUAUUUUUGUUUUUGUCACGUUUUGAUUGCUUUACUGGAACCCUGAUAUACUCCAAAAUCUUUUUGUUUUACGUUUUUUUCAGUUUUUCAGAAUCCUCUUUCAGUAAAAUUUUCACUCUUUCAGUAAAAUUUACCUCUUUCAGUAAAAGUUUUUUUAUGCUCACGUGCUGUGUACAUGUAUUAAUCAGACAUGCAACUUUUCCUCGGAUCCGCUGAUUUUCUCGUUUUUUACUUCUCAUGAAUGCCAUCACAAAUUGAAAAAUGCUGUACAAAGUCUUGUGUAUUUUGGAAUUUCCUCGUUUUUUCCUUAAAUUCCCAGUUGCAUGCCUGGUAUUUGUUUUAAAAUGGUCAGGGAAAGCACUUGUUUAGGGAUAGAGGAAGAACAUUAGGGAUAGGAAGGAGCACAUUUGUUAAGAGUUUUAACUCGAGUUGUUUUUGGCAAGAAAUGUAGAGAAUAAAUUACUUGGAUUCUGUGAGAUUUAA